AUGUCUUCACCAACAACACUCCUUUAUAUUUUGUUCUACCACUGUGUCACGUUCAUAAUACUUAUCGAUGCCCACCCAAUUCGACAAGAAACUGUGGAGCAAAUGGUGGGUGGUCUUAUAAGUCUUGACGCUCUACAAUGGUCACAAAGGAGUCAAAUAGAAUUACCUGUUUGUGAGCUAUGCCAUAUGGCAGUACCUCUAGCUCGCUUGCUUAUCGAAAUCGGUGAGAUGGAUGAAUUAGAAACGCUACUCACCGACUUUUGCGUAGACUUCAAACUUUUCGUUAAAGAUAUUUGUCUCGGUGCUAUUCAUGAAUACAAACAUGUAGUAGUCGAAGUGCUUACUAAAGCACAUCUUACUGACCAACAACUAUGUGCAAUUACUUUUGGCUGUGAGAAACAAUCGGAUUUUCCUGUAUUCAGCUGGAAUGUUACAUUUCCUGAUAAGCCCAAACCACCUCCUCGACCACCACAACCACCUGCACCCGAAUCACCCAAACUAAAUGUUCUUCAUCUUUCGGAUAUUCACGUCGAUUUUGGCUAUAAGCCAGGAUCGAUCGUAGAUUGUUCAGCGCCAUUGUGCUGUCGAGGGGGCCAGCCUGCUUCUGGUAAUAGAAGUGCUGGGUUUUGGGGUGAUUAUGGCCAUUGUGAUCUACCACAAUGGACAGCCAAAGCUAUAUUACAACAUAUCGCGGAUAUAGAAAAGAUAGAUUUUGUGUACUAUACCGGUGAUCUGCCACCACACGAUGUGUGGAAUCAGUCUCGGGAAGAUCAAAUCUAUUCAAUCAAUACUAUCAAUCAGUGGUUAGUCGAUCUUUUCCCUAAUAAGAUAUUCUACUCGGCUGUUGGCAACCAUGAAGCAGCACCUUGUAAUCUCUACCCAACACCGAGCAUUCGAUCGGAUAAUAUCUCAUGGUUAUAUGAGGUAUUGGCGGACAGUUGGAUAAAACUAGGCUUACCGAAUGAUACACGUGACAGUAUUCUACGUGGAGCUUUCUACACGACAAUCAUACGCUCUGGUUUUCGAUUGAUAUCACUCAAUAUGAACUAUUGUCCAAAGGAAAACUAUUGGUUAUAUAUUAAUUCGACUGAUCCACUUGGCCAACUCCAAUGGCUGAUUCAAUGGUUACAAUAUGCUGAAGAUCAAGGAGAAAAAGUACAUUUGAUUGGGCAUCAUCCACCACAAGAUUGUUUGACCGCAUUUAGUUGGAAUUUUCACAAAAUUAUCAAUCGAUACGAAAAUACAAUCGCCGGACAGUUCUAUGGUCAUAGACACAACGAUGAAUUCGCUGUAGUUUACGAUGAAGUCGAUACAAAACGUCCUGUCUCAAUGAUGUACAUAGGACCAUCACUUACAACCGAAUCAUUCUUAAAUCCAGGCUAUCGUAUAUUUUCAAUGGAUGGUGACUAUCCAGGUAGUUCAUAUUGGGUACUCGAUCAUCGCACAGUGAUUAUGAAUUUAACUGCAGCAAAUAUGUAUAAUACAACCAUUUUUGUUGAUGAAUAUAACGCUCGAGAUUCAUAUCAAAUGAAGAAUUUGUUUCCCGAAGAUUGGGGUGAUCUGAUUGAAAGAAUGCAAACUGACAUAGAUGGUCCACUCAUGAGUUUGGCAUACACACAUUAUACAAAGUCAUAUCAAAAUGGAACUCAAUGCGAUCAUAAUUGCCGUCAAGGAUUGUUGUGCGGUUUUAAAACUUCACGAUCUGAAGAUCUUCAUGCAUGUGAUUCAAUUUUAUCUGGUCGUUAG